AUGAGCGCGCGCCUGCAGCCGUGGGCGAGCGUCCGGGAGUGGCGCGACGUCCGCGACGCGCUCGCGCGCGCGACGGAGGACGAGGCGCGCGGCGACGGCGCGCGACGCGGCGCCGCCGGGGACGUCGAAAUCGACGCCGCGCUCGGCGUCGUGCGCGCGUGGCGCGCGCGCGGGCGCGCGCCGCUCGCCGCGGACGUCACCGCGAUGCUCGUGCGCGCGUCGCGCGCGCGCGAGGGCGUCGAUCGAGGCGACGCGGACGCGGCGCGGUCGGCGACGGCGAUGACGCUCGCGAGACUGGUGAACGGCGUCGUCGACCCGAAGCAAAAGGGACGGUACGCCGCGCCGAUCGCGACGCUGGCGCGAGAGGUGGGACUGCCGCGAUUUUUAGUGGAUCUGCGACACGAGUGCGCGCACGGGACGAUGCCGAGCGCGGGAGCGCUGCGGAGGGGCGCGCGGCGAGCGUUGGCGUGGUGUCGACGAUGGUAUUGGGACGAACAGGCGCGGGCGUUCGACGCGGCGUUCGAACGCGUGCGGGGAUGCGUGCGAGCGAUGUGCGCGUGCGAAAAAGACGCGAGAGGGCUGCGGGCGCGGGAGGGACGGGGCGCGGUGGAGUCGUCGAGCGAGGAGAUGGACGAGGACGGGGCGAGCGAGGGCGAAAACGCGGGACGGGAGAGCGAGGGCGGGACGUCGUUUAAGGACGUGCGAGAACGACGACGACGGGCGAUCGGAACGUUGAGCAGCGUGUGUCCGAAGGGCGCGGCGCACGUCGUGGCGGAGGCGUUGCUCGACGGGGGGUGGCUCCGCGUCGUGGAGGACGAGACGGCGAGCGACGUCGACGACGCCGACGAAGCGACGUUUCGCGCGAGCGCGGAAGAUUGGCGGCCGACGCUCGAGCGACUGUGUCAGAAAUGGACCGGUUUGUUCGCGUAUCUGUUCGACGCCGCGAUUCGAGGCGAGAAACCGGGAAACGAUGUGGGGUUUCAAACUUUGUUGAGCGUCGCGGCGAGCGGCGACUUCGCCGCGAACGGCGAUCAGCGCGUCGCCGCGUUCCACGCGUGCAAACGCGCGCUCGCGAGCGUGCACGAAGACGAUUGGAGCGAUGACCCGGCGGUGGCGAAGAGAACGAUCCGGACGCUGCAAAAAAUUGCCGGCGUGUCAAAGGAUGAAAUCAAAUCCGCGUCGCGUCGCGGCGCGGCGCCCGCGGACGCGCUCGCGAGCGCGAGAGCCGACAUCGAGGCGCUUCGCGCGACGCUUCAGUCCGGUCGUAAACGCAAGCGCGAUUCGCGCUGGGAACGGGCGGAAGAUUGGACGCCGUCACCCAUAGGCGUCGUCGCGGGCGUCUCGGCGCGCGCGUUGGUCGACGUCGCGCCGUCGUCGCGAACGAUUCGCGUCACAUCCGGUGUCAGCGCGUCGAGCGACGCGGGGUAUCGAAGCGCCACGAAAUCGGCGACGUAUCCACGCGGCGACGACGGUGACGACGACGACGCCGCCGACGACGACGAGGACGAAAACGACGACGAGGACGAAAACGACGACGGCGGCGAACCGUCCGAACGCGUCGGCGUCGCCGCCGCGCUCAACGUCGCCGGCGGUCGCGUGGAGCUCUCAAAAUCGCAAGCCGCCGCCGUGGCGGCGUCUGUGGCGUGUCUGCUUUAG